AACAGGAAGAGGCCGGAACGUCAAAGACAUACAAGGAUCACCCGGCUUCUAACUCCUUCAAGAGCUUUUGGACAAUCCAUCAUCUUCUUGUCAAUGUCAGUUUUUUAGUUGUCACGACAAGCACAAGGAUACGACAGUGCCUUUACACUGUACGCCAACUAUUCCCCACACUGGAUCAAACAGAGUCACAGCUACAUCCAACAAACUCAGGUGAAAGGACUUUGAACUACAUGAAAUGGAUCCUCAACCAGGUCAAAGACACUGGACUUAAUCAAGACUUCUUUAACUAUCCAUGUUUUGGUUCGUGGACAUCAAACUAACCUUUGGUUAAAGCUGAAGAGAAGCUGAGACUGAGUAGCCUACCAGUGCUUGGGAAGAUCAUUGCGACCUAUGAAUCACCACUGGUCUUAAUGAUUGAGUUCCCCAGUGGUGUUAACAAAUGGAUACGUCAUCACUGCUGACUCACCAAUGGGCCAAAGAUGCUACACUCCAUUAACCCUCAACUUUGUGCUGAAGCCUUUAAUGUGACUGAUUUUGCCUGAUCUGAAGAAAUGGAAAAUUUCUCGAAAACAUGUCUUUGACAUGUUCGUAGCUAGAUUUUCUCUUCAGAGCAUCUGACGAUAUGGCCAAAUCGGAUUAUUUUCGAGUUUCUGCACAAACAGGUUAACAUAGGCUGAUUGGUUCCAUUGUUAAUUUUGAGAGUUGAGCAACCAUGCGUUCCCAAAUUCUGUCCUACAGCUCUUGAAGAAUGUCCUGCCUGCUUGAAUAUUUUGUCCUUGACCUGUUUUAAACCAAGAACAAGUUUUUUUAUUCAGCAUUCACCCUGCCCCAUUCUUAGGACAACAAAUUGGGAUAUACAGCAUCAGAACCUUUGGUGUUUUGCCUCCACUCAUCCUGCGUUUGGAUCGCAGUAACACUAACAAUGGGAUAACAACUCUAUGUGAUUAAGUAGGCCCUCAUUCAACAUGGUGGUGACUCGUCUGGAGCUGGAGCUGCGCUACCAGGGCAAAAAGUUGCGCGGCGUCACAUGGAAGUUGACUCGAUCCGAACAUGGUUUCUUGCCAGAGAGCUCCUGGUUGAUCGCUGCUCAGGUCAUGGUGCCGUACCUGGUGUCCGGGCUCGGAAUGGUCUCCGCUGGCAUCAUUAUGGACCUUAUACAACACUGGGAGGUGUUUAAGGUGAUAACAGAGAUUUUCAUCCUGGUGCCGGCACUGGUCGGACUCAAAGGAAACCUGGAGAUGACCCUGGCUGCCCGACUCUCCACUGCGUCAAACACAGGACAAAUGGACGACCCUGAUAAACAAUGGACCAUGAUGUGCAGCAAUCUGGCACUAAUACAGGUUCAGGCCACAGUGGUUGGCUUCCUUGCUGCGGUGGCAGCCGUGUGCUUAGGGGCAAUUUCUCGAGGAGGUAUAGAAAUAGACCAGGCAGCUGUUCUGUGUGCCAGCAGCAUCACCACUGCAUUCGUAGCUGCUCUCUCUCUAGGCCUGGUGAUGAUCGGAGUGAUCAUCGGCUCCAGGAAGGUGGGGAUCAACCCCGACAACGUGGCCACCCCCAUCGCUGCCAGUCUGGGGGAUUUGAUCACCCUAUCCCUGCUGGCCGGGGUCAGCACCACGCUCUAUAAUCAUAUAGAUAUGUGGUACCUGUCUCCUCUGGUGUGUCUGCUCUUCUUGGCUCUGAUCCCUGUGUGGGUGGUGGUGGCCCGACAGAGCCCUCAGAUCAGUGAGGUCCUCCGCUCAGGCUGGCAGCCUGUUAUAGUGGCCAUGUCCAUCAGCAGCUUUGGAGGCCUUAUACUCGACAAGACAGUGAAUGAUCCCAACUUCAAGGGCAUGGCUGUCUUUACACCCGUCAUUAACGGGGUGGGUGGUAACUUGGUGGCCAUCCAGGCCAGUAGGAUCUCGACCUACCUGCACUUCUGGAGCAUCCCUGGGGUGCUGCCCUAUAAGAUGAGGCAGCACUGGCCCAAUCCCUGCAUCACCUUCUUCUCUUCAGGGGUGAACUCCAAGUCGGGCCGCGUGCUUCUGAUGCUGGUCGUCCCCGGUCACCUGGUCUUCCUCUACGCCAUCUCUCUGCUGCAGGGAGACGAGGCGCCAAUCUCUGUAGCCUUCACCGUCUGCUACCUCUGCGCUGCUCUGCUACAGGUGGCCAUCCUCCUUUACUUUGCUGACCUCAUAGUCCGGUUCAUGUGGAGGAGGAGUCUGGACCCGGACAACUUCUCCAUCCCAUACCUGACCGCCCUCGGGGACCUGCUGGGCACCGGCUUCCUGGCCCUGUGCUUCCGCUGCGUCUCAUGGGCUCAGAGCCUGGGCCUUUGAAUGUUCAUCCCUUUACCCUGAACUCUUAGCCAGCCACCGUCUUGUUGCACCAAGUGUUGUUAGCACAGAGAUGCUUUUGAUUGGACAGUAAAGCGUUUUCUGAUCACUGGGCCAGUUCAUACCAGGCGAUUUCUCCUUGUCACAAAUUCAAACCCUUACACUGGUUGAGAGACAGCACAUGUGACACCCACCAAUGACAUGUCUCGAUUUUUUUUUUAUUGGAGUGCAAACGAGAAGGUUAAGUUCUCUGUCCCUUAGUUCAUCUACUACAGUAUAUUGAACUUAGUUAAAAAUCAUUCCUCUUUAUUCAUCCGUCUUUUAAUUUUGCUGAACUAACUAGAUUUGAGUUUGGUGGCUCUGUGCUUGCCUCAUCUCAUAUCUCACCUGUUCUGAAAUAUGUACCAACUUUGACAUUGCAGCAGCAGGGCGUAAUGACAGAAUAUCAAAUCGGUUGGCCUGUAGAUUUAUCUCAAAUGGCCUGCCCUGUGAAAACGUGGUGAAUUUGUGGAGAUUAGAGAACUUGUAUGGAACAAGAGAACUACAAGUCCACAUUUAGAUGGACUGUACUAUGCCUUAAGGUCAGAGGUUGAUGUAUGCAGUAGAAUUUUCAUGCACGUAUGAGAGAUUGUUUGUUCAUGCACAAAAUCACUAAUUUUCCCCUCAAUGCUUUUUGAGAUGCUGCUGUAACAGACGGAUGGCAUGAGGUAGUUUCAGGGCCAAAGCCAAAUGGCCUGGCCGCACAGUGGAAAAAGUGUGAUUAGGAGGAAGAUUGUUAAGUAGGUGUGUUUGGAGUGGAAUGGAUUCACAUCUUUCCCCUGCAGUUUCAUGCACUCUAUUUGUCAGAGAACCAUUACAUCAGUUUUGGUUUAUUUUUGGUGAAAUGAAAUGAGGAGCCAUACAAAACUGACCAUACAGACUUCUUUAGUCUGGGGCAUACACCAGCAAGUUUUUGACGUCUAUAGCUUAUGUGGUUGUGACUAGAAUUGCUGUUCCGAUGGUACUUACUAGUGCAAUAAAAUCUAAAACCAGUUGUUUGACAUUUUGGAAAAUCUGUUUUCUUGCUAGAUGAGGAGAAUGAAAACGUUUAAUAGCUGUACACUCAAUAUGGUGUUACAGCCAGAAAUUAGAUAAUGUAGCUUAGCAGAAAGGUUUGUGUUUGAGUCGUAAAAACACUUUUGGAGUUUCAGGGGUAAACAGUGUAGCUGAUUAGUGACCAAUCUUCAGAAGUAAUUAAACAACAGAAAGAACACAACACGACUCCAUACUGCUCGUGUGGUGUCAUCCAAGUGUCCGCAAGCUAAAAUUCAUAUUCGACUUCGAAACGAGGUCAUUAACACCGUGUUUAAGCCAAAAAUUCCACCAGAAGUGGCUUAGCUAGCGGACAUCAGCAUUUCUGACGGUCCCUGAAUGCACCUCGUCUAAAGAUAUCAGAGGACUUUUAGGCUAAAAACAGUCAAUAUGAAUUUCUGGGCUUGCGGACACUUGGAUGACACAACACGAGCAGUAUGUAGUCGUGCUGUGUUUUUUCUGUUGUUUAAUUACAUCUGAAGAAGGACUCACCAUUGACUUCAAUUGCUAAAACAAAGUUUACCCCUGAAACUACAGAAGUGUUUUGUGGACUCAAACACUUCACCCUACCCCAGCCCCCAUCGGCAUAGUGAUGAAUACAUAAUGGGAGAAUUUUCAUUUUUGGAUGAGCUAUCACUUUAAGUUGAAAAAUGAACAUGCAUCCUGUUGCUGUAAAAACAACAUUUGGAUGAUUUAUUGGUCUAUGUUUUUGAUAAAGGAUAAAGCAAGGACAUAUAACAUGUUAACUUAUAAGCAUUCCACUCUCCAAUGAUGAAUGUACGCUUGUGUCAGUGUCUCGUCUAAUUCUCUGCAAGAAAUCAAAUAAGUAUGUCAAACUUUUUCUUGAAGGUUUGAAACAGGAUCUGUGCGUUGUCGAUAUCCCUUAGUAAAGCUAUAUUAUUUUUUCUUUUAAACAAAGUCCCAGCUUGCUCUUAAUUCUUUCACUGUGCAGAAACCAGUUGCACAGUAAAGUUAAAACACCAAACAUUUUAUUUAAACAUUUUACUUAUUUUAUUUAUUUUAUUUUUUUGUGUGUCCCUAUUUCUCACUGAAUGGCCUCACGACAUCCAGAAUGUCUAAUAUGCAGAUGAUAUGUUGCUUUCGGUUUGCACAUAGAGUAUAUAGAUUUAUAAUAACGCCAUUAACCUGGCACAUGCAAAUAAUAUCAGUAAUACUUAUUAGCUAUGAGUUUGUUUCUCAGAUUGUACAUCAUAACAGAUUAUACACAUAAACACUUUUCCCACGCACCCCCCCAAAAAAUGUGUCCACACCUGCCAGUGUUUAUAUAGCAAUCUCAAUAGUAAAAAAUAUUUAGCAGUAUUUUAUCUAUAGCAAAUUUUAUAUUUGUAUUUGUUUUCAUCAUCCCAGGCUUAUGUGUUUAGAUCGACUGUCUAGCUGCUGAGGAUCCUGGGUAUUUCCUCACUUCCUGCCUUACUGCUCAUCAUGAACCAUAGAACCUCAUCAGUGCUGCAGUGAGUGCAUAUACAUGCACACGCAUAGUCUGAAGUACACAUCUCUAUCCUGCUAUGGUACACGCAUAUUUGCAUUUCGUAGUGUGUAUAAGCCUCAUUUAAAACAUGUACACAAUAUCUGUAAAAAACUGAAAUACAAAAGUGAGAAUGCACUCAUUAAGUCACAUGGAACCUUUUUGCUGUUAUAGUAAUUUUAGAGACAAACCUCAUAAGCACUGAAAUCCAAGGCGUUUCUCGUUGAUGACUGAAUAUGUAUGUGUGGUAUUUCAGUCAGAAUAUUGCUUUGCUAAAAGCUUUUAUUAUGACACUGUUACACAGUACGUUCUACACUAGAACUACGUACUAAUUGAAUCACAGUUUAUUUCACCUGAGCUUCCUGAAUAAGAUUAAUAUGUUAACUGUGAUACUGUGAUAAUAAGACGUAUACCAGAAUAAACAGUGAGUGUGUCUUUAUCAGUGCGGCUGAAUGAAGUAACUUGAAAUCUAUAGAUAAUGAAUGUAACAUUUAUUUAAAUACAUCAAUGGAUUUAUAUCCAUUGUUGUGUUGGGUCACGUUUGAUAGAUUCUAGGCCUCAGGACAAACAGUAGCUUAAUGGUUUCUGAAGUUACUCUUAUAUUAUAUACAUGGAAUGGUGUUGUCAUGGAAAUAGUAAAAGGUUAAAGAAAUUGUUCAUUGAUUGGGAAUUACGUGUAUUCGUUUAUUGCCAAGAUUUAGGAGAGACGAAUGCCUGAGAGCCAAAAGAAAACCACAACUUCAGGUUCGGCUCCAUUAGUAAAGAAAAUCCAUUGACAUAUCAAAUGAUGCAAAUAACUCAGAUUUGGAAUAGCCUUUCUACAAAUAUAGUUGACAUGUGGUUCCUACUAUACGCCACACUAUAGGCUACACCAUGUGCCAGAAGCACUAGCCUACUGUGGUUCUGGGUGUGUGGUUCGCUCAACCAUUUCUGUAAUAACAGCAGCACAUAUGGAAGGGACAGUUCAGGAGUUUUGAUGUGGAUGUAACCCCACGAACAUCUCAUCAUGGAAAAGUAGCCCAGACAUUUUGGUUUUCUAUACCAAUGUGCAAUUAGCUGAGCACAUUCUAAUCUAAGAAAAGUCUAGUUUAGCUUAGCCUGAUGCUGGGAGUGGAGUUUAGAUACAUAAGCAUAGACUGGAAACAGUCUAAACUAAAGCGGAGUUUAACUGGCUUUCAAAGGGGAAUUUAGCUAAGCCUAGAUUUGAAAUUUUAAAAAGAGAGGACAUAGGCCGUGUUUUUUUCCACAUUUCAUGCUUUAACUACUUUGUUGUAAUACACAAUCACUGGAGAAAAGCUCCAGCUUGGAAUUUGUGUAAAACUACAAUCUAUAACAUUUCAACCGAAAAGAUAAAUAGUACUUCUUGGUAAAACUUUUUUUUUACUUUAGAAAUGUUUCCCCCUUCAGUUUGGUGGUCAGCUAAGGAAAGUUAUCGAAACCAACUGCCCACUGGCUGAAGACACAUACGAGUUCUUUCUGGUCUCUGUAGAUGGGUCAUGCAUGUCGCAUUUAACAUAUCCUAAAAUGUUUCUAGAAAAUAUGAGAUUUAUCAUCCAGCCCUGUCAGUCAGUACAUCUAAGAGUGUUAUGGCUAAUUGCUACCUUGAACUUUUGUUGAAAUAGUUGCCUUGAAAACAAAAUUAAUGUCAACUGUCUUACCUGAAAUCUCAUCAUCUACAACCGUGUCAAUGUUAAAACUUAGUAGCUUCAGUCCUUUGUCUUUAGGCAAAACUUUGUACUGUUCCUCACUGUUGACACUGCCACAUGAUGACUGAAGGGGCGUUUAAAAGUAUUUAUGUUCACUGUCACCAGAGCUUCCACAGCUACAGUCGGCUGUUCUGUCUUUAUGUGAGUCUGUGUAAAGAUCAUGAGUGGAGUCAAAAACAUGUUGGUGUUUGGUGAGUGUUUCUGUGACUUUGUGGAUACGAUUAAUUAUAUUUUAAUAAAAACCAACAGUGUUACGAAA